AUGAGGAGAUGUCCGACGGUCGAUGGGAGUGGGAAUGGUGGGAGUGCGAACGAGGAUAUUCCAACUGUGACAUCGACGGACGAUUUCGAACUGUGUAGAGCGAUCAGGAGCAGCAAACAGAAUGCUGCUGCAUCGCCGUCGUAUGAAGUGCUCGACGCUGAUUCGCCGAUACGGGGAUUGCUCAAUAAUUGGGAGGAACUCUACGUGCAGUUCAGAGACGAAAAUGGCAAACUUAUGCCAGUGCAAGUUUCUCAGACCUCGCUUCUGGACGAGGAAGAAGAGGAACAAGCUCGGCGCGCACCCCCGCCUCCACAGCCAACGACGCACGUAGGGAAGGGGAAGCGCAAAGCACCACCCGAAUGA